GCUCCUGUCAUUUUCCUGGGCUCUCCAUCAGUCUCUUGUGACCACCUCUUGGGAAGCUGUAGCAGGAUGGGACUACGUCCUCUGCUUUGCUGAGUCUUACAAGAGAUAAGCAUUUCCUAGAGCAUGAAUUCCUUUAAAAGUGGUUUUGAGGGCUAAAGUGGAAUAGUGCCAGGGUGCCAAGGCUACAAGAGCAGAGAGAGUUGAGAUGGAGGGAGAAAGCAAUGAGCUCAAUGUGCCCCUCAAGUGAAGCCAGGAGAGGGGGAGCAGAUGAUGCUGGACUGCAGCAAUGUAUGUGUCUCCCCACCACGGUUCCAACUCCCUUCUCUCUCUCUCACCUUCACCCACACACUCACACCAUUCUUGCACUGCUGAUUCAAGGGAAAGAAGCGGUUGAUGCUUUAUGCUUGAACUGGUCACCACAAACUGUUUUUCUUGAACAGUAGGAAAAAAACACCUCCUGACGACUGUCGCAAGUUCUCCCCUAUCUUUACUCCUCUCUUUCUCUCUCAUGUGAUCCCAUGGACUGUGUUACACAAGAGGGCAUGUGGCACCACUACAAAGCAGUCCCUCGGGGACAUGGAGGCACAUGAAGUUCCCCCUGUACACCAAUCCCACUCCUCAGGAGGCUGGAGAGCCAUGUGUGAUGAAAGAGAUGAGACCUGUCACUGCAACAGGGGUCUGCUGAAGUGAGGCAUAGCACUGGCCCUCUUUUAUCCUCCACCUUCACCACCCAGCUGAGGAAAACCAGAGAGCAAGCAAGGAUCCUUCCACAGUUGAAAAGUGGCCACUAUGAGUCACCUCCCUUCCCCCAGCCUGAGGAAAAGCCCCAACACUUGGGGGAUGAGCCACCGAGGGGCUUGGGUGUCUGACACAUGUCACAAAGGGUUGAUUAAGUCCGAAAGAGUCAGAGCAGUGGGCUGCUGGAAAGUGUGAACCACAACAGUGGGGGUUCUCUGAGACAAAAUGGGUCCCAGGAUGAGGCACAUGGAUGGAAAUGUACUGCCCUAUGUAAAGGUCAGCAGCUUAAUGGGAGCUAGGUUGAGCCCCCUCUGUGCAUGAGCUUGAGUGGGUUUUCCCAGAACUGCUGGAGGAGGAGGGUCCCUUCCUCACACUCCUCAUCGUGCCACAGUAUUCAGCCCCUCUUUUCAGUUCUGAUUCCUUCUUCUGGAUGCUCCUCUCUAUCUCCUUGGACCACCCGGGCUUUGUCCCAUAUUGGCCCCGGACUCUAGAUUGUUGAGUCACAUGUGCCCUACUUGGAGCUCGCCACAGACCAUUUCCUCAUGCUGCCUGUGAACUGACCAAUGAGAAAAAGCCAAGAAAUUAGCUCAUUUUGAGGAUUAAAGAAGGAAAGAAAAAGAAAAUGAAGGAAAAAAAAAAACCAAGAAGAAAGAACAGCAGAAAUAAAGACCAACAUGUUCUCAAAAGCCCUGAAACAAUUAGAGGGAAGCUGUAAGAGACGGAAAGAUCAAACCAAAAAAGGUAAGAGAUGAAAGAAAAACAUGAAGGGCACUUGCUGGGAAGUGUCUUCUACACUUUUUCCACUGGCUAUGUAGAAGCGAAAUUUGUAAGAAAAACAACAGCGACUCAAAGAAUUUCCACUAAAAGAUGCUUACAGCUGUGUCUCUGGUCCCUCCCUCCUCUGCUCUCACGUGCCUCAGGCUUAUACUGGUUUCUUGGUGGUGACGCAUCUUCUUAGUGAUAUGAGGAAAUUUGCUGCCCACCUGCAAUAUAAGGGCAUUUAGGGAAAUGCUUUGAUCAGAGAGAGAGAGAGAGAGACGGCAUGAGAGCAAGCACAUCCCAAUGACCCCUCUUUGCUUACCCACCAACUUCUAGCACCUUCUUUGCCCAUGCCUCAUUUUUACUGAUCUCUUCAAGCUUUGGACCUUGUCAAGCACGGACCCAAGUAGGAGGCAGCCCCUCGCCUUUCCUGGAUGCCACCAUGAGGCUGGUGUCCCUGGUGCUGUUCCUCACCUUUGCCCUGCUGGCUUUCGGUGCUGGUCACAUCCUAGCAGGAUUAGCGGAGGGGGAAAGCAGGGAGCAGAAAAUGUGGGUCAGAGAGGGGAGUUCAGCUGUGCUGCCCUGCCACUGGAGCCCCAGAAAAAUGAGAAAGAGCUUGAAGCAGCUGCCCGACAAGACAUCUGUGCAGUGGAAGAGGCAUGGGGGAAGUGUCCACCAGGAGUCACAUGGGGUGCUGGAGGUGGGGUACUCGGGCCUCCAGAAGACGGCACUGCUCAUGAAGCCCCGGGUGUCACUCCAGGACUCUGCCUUACACAACGGCAAUUUCUCCCUGCGGAUUGACCCCGUCAGGAGCGAGGAUGCUGGGCUGUAUGAGGCACGGGUGGAAUACAACUCGGAGGUCCAUAGCUGCCAUGUGGAGCUGGGGGUAGUUACAGUAACCCUCAGUCCACCCAAUCCUGUGGAAGAAAAUGAGCUGCUCUUGAUGAGCUGCAACUCCAGCUACCGGGCCAGCCUUGUGGAGAUAUGUUGGUUCCAUAACGGGCACCUGGGCCCCACCUCCAGGACCUUCUGCUCUUUGUCUGGGGCUCUCUCCAUCCUGCGGCCAGCCAUGAGUGAUGCAGGCUCCUGGCGCUGCCAGCUUCGAUACUCUGAUAACGAGAUAAUUUCUGCCACGUAUGACCUGCAAAUUCUAGGUUUUGAUGGCCCAACCAACCCUGUGGUCUAUGCUGCAGCUGGCUCUGCAGCCCAUCUACCAUGCAGCCUGAGCUACCUUCCCAGCUCCUUUCAGAUGAACAUGGUGACAGCCCACUGGAGCCAUCUUGCAGGAGGACACUUGCAAGACUGGGACAUCUUCCCAAAUCUGAGUAACAGAAGCUUCCCCCUGCAUCUCCCUGUGGUGGGGCCGGGUGAUGCAGGGCAGUACCGCUGUGCUGUCUCUGUGGGCCACAAAACAAUCAGCAGGGAGGUGACCUUGGCAGUGGUUACAGUGACUCCAAGCAUCCAAGGACCAGUUUCUGAGGGGAGUCGUUUGCAGCUCAUCUGCAGCCUCACACACUCCCGGGGACAUGAACGUUUCCAGUGGAAGCACCUUGGCUCAGUCCCCACUAAGAGCAAGCUGGCUGUGGCCACCCCCCAAAACCUGGAGGGCAGCAGCGCCCAGAUGGGACCUAUCUUGAAAAUACCCAAAGUGUCACAAAAGGAUACGGGCACAUGGGAAUGCAGUGUGUAUGGCCCAGAAGGCCAACUGGGAGGAGUGGAGUACAAGCUGCAGAUCACAAGUGCCCAGGUCUCCAGCCCUCCUGCUGUCUUCAGUGGGCAAGUUACUUUUGGGCUCACACUCACUCUCUUCCUUCUGCUUGCUGUCUGUGUUGUGGCUCUGGCCCUACAGAAAAGGGCACAGACUCCUGCCUUCUCAGCACUGGAAGGGAUGAUUGGAGUCCCUGGGCCGUGGAAGUUGAUGAAGGAAAACCAGAAAGGGAAGAUCCAACAAACUGAGUGCUGACAGGAGCAGGGACACCAGGGCUAGUCUGCAUGGGAGGAUGGAAAUCUGUGUGCCGUGCUGCAGAGAGAUGGGUGCCAUGCAGACCUGUCAGGGGGGUCUAGGGAUGGCAUGAACAAUGCAGAAGGCAUUGGGAGCUCUGUAUCUGCAGAGGGGCUGGGAGCUGCCUACCAGGGCAAGGCAAGCCUCACUGCUGCAGUAAGGUGGCCAGCAGCACAGAUGCUUUGGAGCUAUUGGGAGUAUUUGAGCCAGUAGCUAUUGCCUGCUUUAGUGCCAAAUCUCUGCCUACUCUUUGUCCCUUUUUCGUGGCUCCUCUCACAACCUUUCUCUGGUGGAACACCAGGAUGCAGGAGAUGGCUGGAAUCUGUCUUUCCUGCAGCCUGAUGGUGUUUUCUGCCCCCCUUGCUCGCUUUCUUCUCCCUCUGCCUGCACUGCCCUGAUCACUGCCCUGUUGCAUAUUUUGAGCAUUUUAACUUAUUAGAAACUCAUUUUAGAACUGAAAAUAAAUCUA